UCCCCCACCCCAUCCCUAUUUCAUUUAUUCUCAACCAAAUUCAUUACUCUCAUCCAAGUUGAGCUCCCUCACAAAGACCCUCCAAUGGCCAUUUCUCCACCCAACACCUCUCUCCCCUUCAAACCACACAACCACGACAACCCUCUUCUCCUUUCCCACAAACACCAUUUCUCACCAUUCUUACACCAAAAACGUCACUACUUCACACUCUCAACACCACCACAUGUCUUGUCCAACCCAACUGAGUCCUCCUCUUCCACCACUCUCACAACCUCUCUCCAUACCCAAACCCAAACCCAAACCCAACCCUCACUAGCCGAGUCCUGGCGAGACAUACUCGGCGACAACGACUGGCUCGGCUUGCUCGACCCAAUGCACCCCCUACUACGCUCCGAGCUGAUCCGCUAUGGCGAGAUGGCUCAAGCCUGCUACGACGCCUUCGACUUCGACCCCUUCUCCAAAUACUGUGGCAGUGUUAGGUUCACGCGCCGCCACGAAUUCUUCACGCGCCUCUCUAUGGAAAGUUGCGGCUACGAUGUCUCGCGAUACCUCUACGCCACUUCCAACAUCAACUUGCCCAAUUUUUUCAAGAAAUCGCGGUGGCCGAAGGUGUGGAGCAAACACGCUAAUUGGAUCGGCUACGUGGCGGUGUCCAACGACGAGACGUCGAAGCGGUUGGGCCGCCGUGACAUAGCCAUUGCAUGGCGGGGCACGGUGACUCGGCUCGAGUGGGUCGCCGAUUUAAUGGAUUUUUUGCGUCCUAUUUCAUCGGAUAAAAUCCCUUGUCCCGAUUCGACUGUUAAAGUCGAAUCUGGAUUUCUCGAUCUCUACACCGAUAAAGAGGAGAAUUGCCGAUUUUGCAAAUACUCGGCGAGGGAACAAGUCCUAACCGAGGUUAAGAGAUUGAUAGAGAUGUACCCAAACGAGGAAUUGAGCAUCACGAUUACGGGGCAUAGUUUGGGGAGUGCGUUGGCGAUUUUAAGCGGGUAUGAUAUUGUGGAAACGGGUUUAAACGUGUUGGGUGACAGCCGGGCCGUACCCGUUUGUGUGUUUUCAUUUGCGGGCCCUCGGGUCGGGAAUGUCCGGUUUAAAGAACGGGUCGAGUUGCUGGGUAUGAAGGUAUUGAGGGUAGUGAAUGUUCACGAUAUGGUGCCGAAAUCGCCGGGGUUGUUUUUAAACGAGACCGUGCCAGCGGCGGUGAUGAAGAUGGCGGAGGGGCUGCCGUGGUGUUACUCGCACGUGGGGGUAGAGCUGGCUUUGGAUCACAAGAACUCUCCGUUUCUCAAACCCGAUGGAGACCCGGCUUGUGCCCAUAACUUGGAGGCUCACUUGCAUCUGCUUGAUGGGUACCAUGGAAGAGGGCAUAGAUUUGUGCUAGCAAGUGGGAGGGACCCAGCACUGGUGAACAAGGCCUGUGAUUUUCUCAAAGAUCACCACAUGGUACCACCUCACUGGAGGCAAGAUGAGAACAAAGGCAUGGUACGAAACAGGGCCGAUGGCCGUUGGAUUCAACCUGAACGGCCCAAACUUGAUGACCACCCUAACGACAUGCACCGUCACCUCAGCCAAUUGGGUCUCCCUUCCACCAACCACUAGGAAAACAAAAUAAAAUAAUAAAAGAAAAUCAACUACGAGGAGGAUCAGUUCAUGAUAUGUGGGCUCACUUUGAGUUCACCUGAUCAGAUCUCGACCGUUCCUUUUUUUAGUGUUGUUCCAGUAUAUCACUUAUGUAUAAAAUUAAUUUGACUGGACAUCGUCAAUCA